AUGAAGUGGACAUUGGCUUUCCUGGCUUUUGCAGCAACGACCAUUGCCUCCGAUUGUCACUGUUUGCCAAGCGAUAGCUGUUGGCCUCCUCCCUCCGCUUGGGACUCGCUCAACGGCACUGUUGACGGUCGCCUGAUUGCGACCGUUCCUAUCGGUAGCCCCUGCCAUGCGCCGAACUACGAUGCCGCCGCGUGUGCGGCCAUCAAGGCCAACUGGACCAAACCUGAGAUUCAUUUCGACUCUUCUUCGUCGGUGAUGCAGACGUAUUUUGCCAACCAGACUUGCGAUCCCUUUACUCCCAAGUCCAAGCCCUGCCAUCUCGGCAAUUACGUGAAUUACGCCGUAAAUGUCUCGUCCAGUGACCAGGUCAUCGCUGCUGUCAAUUUUGCCCGUGAAAAUAACAUCCGCUUCGUUAUUCGUAAUACCGGCCAUGAUUACCUCGGUCGUUCAACCGGUGCAGGUGCCCUCUCUGUAUGGACUCAUCAUUUGAGCGAUAUCGAGUACCUGGACUGGUUUGACCCGACCUACCAAGGCCCUGCAUUCAAGGUCGGCGCCGGUAUGGUUGGAUAUCAGAUCCUGGAGGCUGCCUCUGCCAAAGGCCUGACAGUCGUGACUGGCGAAUGCCCUACAGUCGGUCUCGCUGGUGGCUACACCCAGGGUGGCGGGCACUCCGCUCUCAGCACUAAAUUCGGUCUCGCAGCCGACAAUGCCCUGGAAUUCGAGGUUGUCACCGCUGCUGGCAAGCUGGUCAAAGCUUCGCGCUCCGAGAACGCUGAUCUUUUCUGGGCACUGAGCGGUGGUGGCGGCGGAAACUACGGUGUUGUCAUGUCCAUGGUAGUCAAAGCACACCCAGACGCGCCCAUUGCCGGUGCCGCUGUUCAGUUCGGCGCGGCCAACAUCACCACCGAUACCUUCUACGAGGCGGUUUCUCACUUCCACGCUCUGCUACCAGCCAUGAUCGACCAUGGUGUCACCGUCAUCUACCAGAUGACCUCGAGCGCAUUCCUCAUCAACCCCGUCACGGCCUACAAUCAGACCACCGAUGAUGUGAAGGCCAUCCUCAAGCCCUUCCUUUCCAAGCUAGAAAGCCUCAACAUCAAAUACAAAGCCAGCUUCAGCUAUUCCCCAUCUUACUACGACCACUACAACAAAUACAUGGGCCCCCUCCCCUGGGGCAACCUAGCCGUAUCCACCUUCCAAUACGGCGGCCGUCUAAUCCCGCGCCAAACCCUCGAACAACACCCAACCGACAUGGCCUCCGCCCUGCGCAACCUAACCCAAGCCGGCGUAAUCGCAGUCGGAGUCGGCAUGAACGUUUCUUCUCCAGACAUCUCCAACGCCGUGUCACCAGCUCUGCGCAACGCAGCAGUAACGAUGCAAAUCGGGACAUACUGGAACGAGACCGCGCCAUGGUCUCAGAUGAUUGCAGAGCAGCACAAGAUGACGGACGAAUACGUACCGCAACUCGAGGCUAUUACCCCGGGCAGCGGCUGUUAUCAGAAUGAAGGGGAUUUCCGCCAACCACAUUGGAAACGCACUUUCUUUGGGAGCAAUUAUCCCAGAUUGCAGGGUAUUAAGAGCAAGUGGGAUCCUUCUUCUUUCUUCUAUGCUCUGAAGGCUGUUGGGAGUGAUGUUUGGUCUGUAUCUGAGUCCGGGCGGAUGUGUCGUGUUUAA